ACAGCAAAAUGAACUGGACACAUGCAGACAACUUUUCUGAUUACUAUCCAAUGAACGACACAUACUAUGACUUCGAUGUACCUUCAGAAGAGAGCGUUGCUAUGGGAGUGACUUCUCAGGUCGUCUUCUGCCUGACGUUUCUCCUUGGAGUUCCAGGAAAUGUCUUUGUUGUGUACAUUGCUGGGAUGAAGAUGAAGAGGACCGUUAAUACCGUAUGGUUCCUCAAUCUAGCGAUUGCAGACCUCCUGUGCUGCCUUUCCAUACCUUUCCAUGUGGCGGAGAUUCUUCUUGACCAUCACUGGCCAUAUGGAUCGGUCAUGUGCAAGAUUCUUCCCUCUUUUGUAGUUAUCAACAUGUUUGCCAGUGUCUUCACUUUGAACGUGAUUAGUCUGGAUCGGUUCACCCAGGUGAUCACACCGGUUUGGGCUCAGAACCAUCGUAACUUGAUGCUUGCACGGGUGUCCUGUGUAGUGGCGUGGGUGCUGUCAUUACUCCUUAGCCUGCCCUUUAUGAUAUUAAGAGAAACUUAUGAUGAAUUAAAUAUAACAAUCUGCACAUUGUAUGGUUAUGAAGAAGGUGAGACUAAUACAAAUGGAAUAUUGAGUGUCAUCAGGUUUGUGUUUGGUUUUUUGAUUCCUCUCGUAUGUAUCACGACAUGUUACGGAUUCAUCGCACGAAAGUUAGGCAGGAGUAAUUUUCAGUCUGGACGAGCGUUUCGCAUCAUGUCGGCUGUUAUUGUGGCAUUUUUUCUGUGUUGGCUGCCGUAUCACAUUGUGGAUUUGAUCACGAUAUAUGGCGGAGAAUCGAGUUUCUCGGUGGCAUCUACCAUGGACCCAUUGGUCAUCUCUUUGGCGUAUUUCAACAGCUGUCUGAACCCGGUUCUGUAUGUUUUCAUGGGGCAGGAUUUUAAGGAGAAGGUCAAGCUUUCUCUAAGACAUGUGUUUCAAAGAGCUUUCUCAGAGGAGGAGACACAAAUCUCACGAUCCACCCAGUCUCAACAAAUGCACUCAAUGUAGUUUAAUAAUAACUCAUGUAUGCUUUGCAUUUUAAUCAUUUUUACCAUUUCUUUUCAAAACUGAAACUUAAGGCGAAACAGCACAUGACAUAACAUAAGUAGCUUAGUCUAGCACUUCUCAAUAGGAGGAAGUAGAACUCUGCUGUUCUAUUUUGGCAGGAAGUUAUGAAAUGUACAUUAAAUGUACCUAAAAUAUACUCUUAAAGUGUGCAAUGUGCAAAAACAUAGAGAGAUAUUGAACUGAGUGUUAAUAUGAUUUUUUUUGUAAUCUGUUUGAUCAGAGAGUGUUUUCCUGUGCAGCUGGUUUCAGUUUUAAAGCUGUUAGAAUAUUGCUGUAUGAUUUAAAGACGUUUAGAGUUUGAUUACUGAUGCCGUGUGCCAUAUAUUAUGAAGACUUAUUUUUUAAUUUAUCUGAAAUAAAUUAAUAUUCUGUCUUGUACAAACGUUUCUAGUGUCUUUUAGAUGUAUGUUAUUUUGCACUUUUUAUGAUUUUCAAUAUUGUUACACUGUUGUCAUGUGACCGCGUAGAAGUAUGAGGCUUUAGUUCAUUUACUGUAGUUGUUUUACUAUUGUUACCAUGAAACAUCCCAUUCAGUUUAGAAUAAAAGUAUUUUUUUUUGUUUGUUUUUUCAGUCAGGAAAAACAAUGUUUGUAUUUACAGGAAAGAUUACUCAGUGUUUUCACCUAAACACUUUUCAGAUUGUUCAAUUGAUCGUUAUCCCAGCAACCAAUUUCCCGUAUUGCUGAUUCAUGUCUCACUCUGUGCUCUUAUAAUAAUAAUAAUAAUAAUAAUAAUCAUAUUACAUAAUAAAAUAAUGUCAAUAU